CCCGCACAGACCUUCCGGGAAAGCGCGGAAUUCAGAGGCAGAGUGUUUCCGAUGUUGUAAAAACUUUAGAAUGUUUACUUUGGGAAGUGAAAAUUAUUGAUUAUGGCUCACUAUUCCAAAGAAAAGCUGGAUGAGGAGUUUGAACAGUUUGUGAAAGAGCUUUCAGAUGAUUCUUUUGAAAAUUCAAACAAAACACCUGGACAACCUAAAAAAGAAAUGAAGAAGGAAGAUACAGUACCUUGGUGGAUGACUGAAGGCGAUUUUGAAGAUGGUGGACUGCUUGGAACAAAUGUAAGCUAUUUGAAAACAAAGAAGACUUCUCAACCUGUUAUGGAAAUAGAUGAGGACUCUGCUGAAAAGAUUCAAUUUCUUAAGAGCAGUGGAACCUCUAUCUUAAGUAUUGACAGCUUAGAAACAAAUGAGCUAGUAGCUUCUGAGCUCAAUCAUAGUAUUCUUGGAUUGGGAUUGGACACAUUAGAAGAACAAGAGGAGAAAGAACAAUUUUUUGCCAGGCUUGAGAAUGGCUUGACAUCUUCCAUUGAUUAUUCAAGAUUAAAUAAGGAAUUGGAUUCUAAUGACUCCACACAUUUUAAAUCUUUACAGAGUAAUCAAGCCAAUGUUGAACUAACUGAAGAUAAACAUGAGGAUGAAUCAAAACAUAAAGAACUGGCAGAAAAUUACAGUGAUGAUUUUGAAGAUGAAGAGGACAUUGAUGCACCUUUGAUUACUAAUGAUGUAGAGACUCAUUCCAAAGAAAAUCUCAAAUCAGAAAAAAUAAAUGUACCCAAACAGGAAGAAGAGAAAACUGGCAUGCUGGCUAAUGUUGUGCUGCUUGAUUCAUUAGACUCUGUUGCAGAGGUCAACCUUGAUGAACAAGAUAAGGCAACAACUAAGCCAAAGGCCCUAACAGAAAUUACUGAUAAUGAAAUGACAGGAACAGGUGUUUCUUAUGGACAAAGCAGUAGUGACAUUGAAGCCCUACAUGAGGCUUAUUGUCAUAUAGCCCAUUCUUUGGGAGAUGCAGACGAACAAAGAAUUGAAAGUUACACAAUGGAAAAUAUCAAGAGCCCAGCGAAAGAUCAUCCUCAAGAAAAUGAAGAGUCUUCAAAAAACACCUCUACUACUGAAUCUGAUUUGCCCACAGUAGAGGAGCUGAUGAAACCUAUCAGAAUAGAUUCCUUUGGGGUCAGUGGUUUUGAUUUACAACCUGUCAGCUCUAAGAAGGUGGCUGAUAAUAAAGAAACUGAAUUUGUUAGCCCUUUAUCGCUUAAGAUGAACCCAAACAUGUGUCAAGACCAACAACACGUAAAUCAAUUUUUUGAAAAAAGUGAUGAGAAUGUGGUUUUACAAAAGACAACAAAUGUGGUCAUGGAAAAUAGCUGUCCAAAAGUAACUGCUAUGGAAGAACAGAUCAACAAAACAUAUCUUGAUAUUUUAAGGAAAGAAAUAUCUGUUAAUCCUCCAUUAUUACCUCAGGAUGACAAAAUUAAUAAAACUUUUAGAUCUCAACUCAGUUCAGGAGAAGAAGGGGCUGUAAUUGGUAAACAGGUACCAAGCAAGAAGGCUAGAAGUGCACCUCCUUUGUUUAAAAGAAAACCCCAGAGUGGAUUAUAUGCAUCAGUUAGAAGCUCAGGCUAUGGGAAACCCAGUUCACCACUCAAGAUUAUUUCUACUCUUGAGAAGAAAAUUUCAAAGGACAUAAAGAGCAAAAACUUGAACUCCGUUCCCAUCUCAAAUCAAGCUAGGAAAAAAGAAAUCUUAUCUGGAACAAAACUCAUCAAGCCUGCAGCUCUGGGUAAACCAGCUCCCAAAAUUGAAAGUUGCCCGACUACUCCUAAGAAGUCUGAAGAUCCUACAGAAAUUGAUUCUUGUGCUCAGUUUCAGACCGAUUCUUCAGGAUACUGUUGUGGGAACAAGGAGAAAGAAUUAUUUAUGUUUAAAAGAGUUCAGGAAGCAGAAGAAAAAUGGAGGGGUGCACAGGCCCUAAUUGAACAAAUCAAAGUCACAUUUUCAGAAAAAGAGAAAGAGCUGGAAAAUAAAUUGGAAGACCUAAAGAGACAACAGGAAAAAGAACUCUACAAAUUGAAUCAAGACAAUUAUAUUCUUCAAGCCAAGUUAAGUAGCUUUGAAGAAACAAGCAAAAAUCAAAGAUGGUUACAUUUUGGAAAAACAACUGAUCCUGUCACUGGAGAAAAAUUGAAGCAAAUCCAAAAAGAAAUACAAGAGCAAGAGACACUUCUUCAAGGAUAUCAACAGGAAAAUGAAAGGUUGUAUAAUAAAGUGAAAGAUCUUCAAGAACAAAACAAGAAAAAUGAGGAGCGAAUGUUUAAGGAAAACCAGAAUUUAUUCAGUGAGUUAGCUUCCUUAAAAGAACAGAUGCACAAAAGUCGUUUCCUGUCUCAAGUAGUCGAAGAUUCAGAGCCUACCAGAAAUCAGAGUUUUACAGACCUGUUAGCAGAACUACGGAUGGCACAGAAAGAAAAAAACAAUUUAUUGGAGGACAUCAAAAGACUGAAGCAAGAUAAACAAGCUCUUGAAGUAGACUUGGAAAAAAUGAAGAAAGAGAGGGACCAAGCCAAAGAUCAGAUUACUUAUGCCACAGGUGAAAAAUUAUAUGAAAUAAAAAUUUUAGAAGAAACACAUAAGCAAGAAAUCAGUCGUCUGCAAAAAAGAUUACAGUGGUAUGCUGAAAAUCAGGAACUUCUGGAUAAAGAUGCAGUUAGGCUUAAAGAAGCAAGUGAAGAAAUUGAGAAACUCAGACUUGAGGUUGAGAAACUGAAAGCUGAAUCUGGGAGUCCAUCUAUUCAGCAGAAGUUACGUUUAAAAGAUAGAGCAGCUGAUGCCAAAAGAAUUCAGGAUCUGGAGCGACAAGUUAAGGAAAUGGAAGGAAUUCUAAAGAGAAGAUAUCCCAAUUCUUUACCCGCUUUAAUAUUGGCGGCAUCUGCAGCUGGUGAUACAGGAGAUAGAAAUACAGUGGAAUUCAUGGAAAAAAGGAUAAAAAAACUAGAAGCCAAUCUGGAGGGCAAAGAUGAAGAAGCAAAGAAAAGCCUUCGUACCAUGGAACAACAGUUUCAGAAAAUGAAGAUUCAGUAUGAACAGAGACUGGAAGAGCAGGAGCAGCUACUUGCCGACAAAUUGAAAGAAGCACCCCAGCAACAUCAUGAUAACUCCAGGGUUAAAGCACUAGAGAAGGAACUCAGUGACAUUAAGGAAGCCCAUCAAAUCACUAUAAGAAACCUUGAAGCUGAAAUAGAUGUUCUUAAACAUCAGAAUGCUGAAUUAGAACUCAAGAAAAAUGAUAAAAAUAAUAAAGACUUCCGGUCUAUAGAAUUCCAGGUGGAACAGGCUCAUGCUAAAGCUAAGCUGGUAAGACUCAAUGAAGAACUGGCUGCAAAAGGGAGAGAAAUACAAGACCUCUCGAAAACCGUGGAGAGACUUCAAAAGGAGAGAAGAAUGAUGUUGUCUAAUCAGAACUCUAAGGGCAGAGAGGAAAUGUCUGCCAAAAAGGCAAAGAAGGAUGUUUUGCACCCAAGUAAAGGGAAUGCUAACUCCUCUGGAACCCUGGAUGGCAAGCUUUACCAACCACAUACUUUCACUGAUUCCCAUAUUUCAGAAGUUUUGCAAGAAAACUGCAGAUUGAAAAAUGAGCUAGAGGGAUUAAUUUUGGAGAGGCAUGAGCUGAAGAUAAAAUCUGAAGCAGCAGUAAACCAAUUUGAAAAUUCCAUGAAAAGGGUCAAGGAAGAUACUGCAGCACACAUUGCAUCUCUCAAAGCAUCUCAUCAAAGGGAAGUAGAGAAACUCCUUUGCCAAAAUGCAGUAGAAAAUUCUUCUUCCAAAGUAGCUGAACUAAAUCGUAAAAUAGCAACUCAAGAGGUACUUAUAACACAUUUCCAAAGUCAAGUUAAUGAACUGCAGAGUAAACAAGAGUCUCUUGCACUUUCUCAAGUUCGAGAAGAAAUCCUACAGAAAGAGAUUACAAAACUCUUAGAAGAAUUGAGAGAAGCCAAAGAAAAUCAUACACCAGAAAUGAAACAUUUCCUGAGCUUAGAAAAGAAAAUUAAACAGAUGGAAAUGAGACAUGAGCAAAGGGAGCAGGAACUUCAACAGAUAAUACAGCAGACACGCCAAGUAGUAGAAACUGAGCAAAACAAAGAAAUUGAGAAAUGGAAAAGACUAGCACAGUUAAAGAAUCGUGAGCUGGACAAAUUCCGCACAGAAUUAGACUCGAUAUUAGAUGUUCUCCGAGAGCUGCACCGGCAGGGAGUGGUUGUGCCAGUUGCUUUUGCAGAUGAAGUGAAUGCGCCAGAGUAUUACUAGAAACUCAGAUUUCAUAUGACUUCAUUGAGAGGCCUGAAGAUGGGUGGGAUUGUACCUCUGUCAGAAGGACGGCUUUUGACAAACAAGAAAUCCAGCACGUGGCCAGAAAGAAAACACCAGAGCAACAAUUUAAAAUAAAUUACCCUUAACCAAUAAGGAAAAAAGAAAAAUCAUGGUGUAUUUUACUGAAAAUCAUUAACCAGUCACAUUUUCAAUGACUUACAACAGACAGACAGGCUCCUUUAUGUCAGAUGAUUAUAAUUAGCAAGAUUUAUUUUUAAAAGUCUGACUUUUUGAAAAUGAAAUUGCACAUACUCUGCCACAUUAUUAUCAAGCAAGUGUGUAUUCUUAAUUUUCUUUGUGAUAGAAAAACAGCUCCUCUUUCUCAUGGAAACAGGUAGAGGAAUGUGAGUGUAGUGGAGGGACAGAAUCGUCAACUGUAGAUCUUCCAUGGUGACUUAGAAAAUUGUAGCUUCUGUACAAGUAGACAGUGAAUUCUCGUGUUCUCCCAGUAAGUGGCUUUUUUGGCACCUGACAUAUGGUGAAAAAUGCAUUUCACAAGUAAUAGGGGAAAUUUGAUUUAUCCAUUGUUUUAAUCUUUUUAGCUGCAUCUCUUAAAUGCCAGUCCUACUUUUUUGACACUCUAAAACUAAACAGCAUAUAACAUUUUUACUUUCAUUUAAAAAGUAAUGACUAUUGGA